AAUAACGGAAGGCGCGCAUAAACAUAAGGAUGUGUCGCUGGCGAUUGGAAGAAGACGCCAGCCAAGGGCACACAAAUCACGACGCACCGGUGGCCGACGACUGCUUUUGUAGGUUAGACCAGCGGCCGGUCCUUGAACUUUGUACAAGCGACACCAACCAAACGGCAGAUCGUCCAACCCCGGGCCUGGACAAAUGCAAUCACUUUGCGAAGAAAUUCGACCACGCUCUCCGCUUGUGGAAUAGCGAGUCCAGUUGCAUAAGGGAGCGCCAAAUCGCAGCAUAGCGAGCGCGCGCGUGCUCAUAACCUUCACCCACAAUCAGACAUUCGAAAAGAGCGCCUAGAGAGCGAGAGAGCGAGUGAGAGCGAGCAGAGCUCACUCACUCACAAACUAUCAGCGCAGCGCCACACGCUCCACACCACAUGCAGCGCCAGUUCUUCGGCUGCGGAAUCGCAUCGCGCAAAGAAUAAAAAUCGUUUGUACCGCGCUGCUCGCGACGCAUUCAUCGUUUGGCUGCAGUUUGCGCAAGCAAAAUACACGCGCGCUUGAGCUGCGGCGCUAACCAGGCUCGUGGCCGAGAUCUCAGUAUCGGGUUGUAAUCGCGCAUACGCAAGCAACAGACGCAAACAGUGAUCCCGCAAGUGUGUGUGUGUGUGUGUGCGUGUAUUGGUGAAAGUGCUUCAAUCCUGCCGCUCAUCUCGGGCGCCUUAUCAAACGCCGGAAUGGUUUCGCGCAACGGAGCGCUCUGGCGCGCGAUGCUGAUAGUGGUGCUGGCGGUCGCCGUCCCGGCCGCCGCCCAGCUCGACGGUAGCUUCUGGUGGAUGAACGCCAACCUGCUGAAGCAGGCGGAAGCGCUGCGGGAGACGAAGGACGUGAAGGCGAUCGUCAUUACGAAGGACUCGGCGCUGGACGAGGUGCGCGUCGGCGGCAACUCGCUGGCCGACAGCGACUCGCCGGACUGCAUCUGCGUGCCGCUCAGUCGCUGCAACAAUCAACCGACCGGGAGGGAUGGACUUUGCGGUGCGGAAAGUGUUUGCUGCCGUCGGUCGCAAAUUAUCGCUCCCGAAAAAACCACCACCACCUCAACAACAACAGCAUCAGCGACCGUCUUCAGUACCGGGGUGACCUCCACCAAGCUAGAGCCGGUUGAUGGGCUAAUUUUCGACUCAGAUCCCAUUCUGCCUGUCCUGCCCGCCUCCGUACCGUUUCAACCGAUCCCGCUGAACGAAAGCAACUAUGAUCCGAACGUGCUUGCGGAGCUGUCCAAUCUGCUUCUGAGCCACAGUCUGGCCGAUACGUUCGAGCCCAUCGUAAGCAACGCACUGCCGGUCGAUCAGCCGGCCUCGAACGAUUCCGGUCGGGUUGAAGCAGCCACAGCACUGCCCGCCGUCGGCAGCGGCAAUGAGCAGCGCUGCGGCCGACGGCAACAUUCCGUCAGCAGUCGCAUCUUCUUCCAGGAGGAGGACGGCGACGGUAUCAGUCAGGCCGUGGCCGGACCGGUCGGAUUCAGCGAGUUCCCCUGGACGGUGGCCAUCCACCAGCUCAUCCGGAACGGUUCGUACGUGUACCACUGUGGAGGGGCGCUCCUCAACCGAAGCGUCGUCGUGACAGCGGCUCACUGUGUAUCGAACAACCGCUUACACCCGAAUCGGUUCGUUGUGUACGCUGGCGACUGGGACCGGCGACACACGCAGGAACGGCUGCCACACCAGGAGCGAACCGUCAGUAGGGUCCUGGUACACCCGAACUACUACUCCGGCGCACUGUUCAACGACCUCGCGCUACUGUUCUUCAGCGAACCGUUCAACGACACGGUAGCGAACGUGGAACCGGUGUGUCUGAGCAGCCCCUCUGGCACGGACUACAUCCCCCCGGACAACUGUUUCGUGACGGGAUGGGGUGGCUCCCCGAAAGGCAAUCGGGCACAAAGCAUCCAGCAGUACAGCAAGCUACAGCUGGUCGAGCGCCACCGGUGCGAAACGCAGCUCCAAAGUUUGCCUACGCUUGGUUCCAAGUUUAAGCUCCACCAAAGCUUCGUCUGUGCGGCGGCCGACGGGACGGAUGUUUGUCAAGGAUCGGGCGGCAGUCCGUAUGCCUGUGAACGGGACGGACGGUACUACCUGGUCGGCAUCGUUUCGUGGGGCGUUGGCUGUGGCGACGGCAUUCCCGCCGUACUGACCAACGUGGCGGAACUGAGGGAAUGGAUCAGCCGGCAGUGAAUUGGUUGGUUGGUUCGUUUCUAUACCGUUUAGCUGUUUUUAAUGUCGAAGUCAAGCAUACCAAAUGAAAAUUGUCUUUAUUGUACGUAAAAUUGUGACUGUAAGCUAGUGUUUAAAAAUAAAAUAAAUGCAAUAAACUUUUAAAACCAAAUGUAACGGUCCGUUUGAAAUGUGGCACAGCGCAUGUUGCCAUUGUGGAUUGCGGUUUGACGUCCGGCGGCGACAGUGCACAGCCCAACUGUGCGAUGGUAUGUUUUGUAUUAUUCAAUUAAUUAUUAUUAUCACUAUACAAAUUCUACUUCUAUUCCUACGCUAUUUCUACGCUGCACAUGUACUACCGGGUAUGGUUUGUAGACUGGAACUGUAUCGGUUUCAAACCCAUACCAAGUAUUCAUCGCUCUGAAUCCGAAUCCGGAACAGUUCCAGAUACUGUUUUUAUAAAGUAAAUGCAAUUUCGAGCUAUUUCUGGAUCGGUUUGGGUUCAUGAUAGGUUCCAGUUCAGGUAUGGAUUCAUGAUAAGUUCCAGUAUAGGUUCAUGAUAGGUUCCAUGGCCGGUAUACGAUCAUGAUAGGUUCCAUGACCCGUAUGGGUUUAUUAUAAGUUCCAGUACCGCUAUUGUUUCAGUAUCAGUUCCAGUUCCUGUAUUGGUUCAUGAUAGGUUCCAGGACCGGUAUCGGUUUAAGCUAGGUCCCAAGCGCCACAGAUUAAGCUUAAACGACUGGAAAAUUGAAUAUCCAUAGAAAAAAAACGAAAGCUCCACAGCUUCAUUGGUUUGAUCAAUAGAUGGCGUAUUACAACUCAUCAUUAUAUUGCUAUCCUUUUCUUGCAAUGUGUUUCGACAAGUUUCAUCUUAUCAUGACCUAUAUAGCCUUCUAACUUUCCGAGCAAAAAUCUAUUUGAAUGGUCGUGUGGUCAGAUACGUGGGUAUCAACACCAACGACCAUUACUCAAAUCUCACUUGCUUCAGUGCUGGUGGUAUCCAUUGGAGUUUAGUAUUUAAACAAUCGUAUCGCCGUUCUAGUUCUAGCGAUGCAUAACUUCAAUGCGAAACCAUACAACAGUACAGAGGGAAUGAUAAAGCUCUCCUCCAAGCGAGGAAGCUCAACUGGUUGGGUAUCCCACAAACAGAUGGCGCCACCAGCUUUUUUGCUAUUUUUAGAAUGCAUGAGUCGUUUGCCGUCUGCU